GCCGAGCCUGGCAAAAUCCGUCUUGACGGUCUGUCACAUUUCACGCUGACACCAAGCGAACACUGGGCGCAUACACACAUUCAUAUCCACUCUCACGCAGGGCUCACAAUAUUAUCGACAGAUCCGAGUCAGAAGUACGGUCGAGGAGCGCACAUCGAAGUGUCUAAGAGCUACUUCUGUGAGAGGAAACCAGAGGGAAACGCAGGAAGAAAAAAAAAAGAAACCGAGGAAAUCCCCCGAAAGGAAAUGCCAAUCGCAGCCGCUGGACAGCCAACGACUCAGGAGCCCAGAGUUUGCCCCCGGCUGCCCUCCACCCCGGAGCCUGUCCCUAAAGGGGCUGAUUUAUUCGACGAGGCGGGGGCGGCGGAGUCGGCAGAGCGCACAGAGUACGGGGGCGCGCAGGGGGGCAGACGACUCGGGGGCUAUAGUUACAGCCCGAGCGGCGAUAGGGACUUUGUACGACCCGGAUCCGCCGACGGCUCUCCGCCGCAGUCCCCGGCCGCGUCCUCCUCUCUCCAUCCCCUCCACUCGCACCAAAUGGCCACGGAGGCCAUGGAGCCCCCAAGGACUCGAUCGCGUUCUCGAUCUGGAUAUUACCAGCACUACGGUGGGGGGAACGGUAAUGGGAUUACUGGAGGCGCAGUUAUGGGAACCAACCAUUACCACCACCAGCAGCAGCAGCAGCAGCAGCAGCUGCAUACACAGCAGCAGCAGCAGCAGCACGGUGCCGGCUGCGCACCUCUCGGAGCUCACGGCAACCACGCGGAGAUUCAGCAGCGAGCGCCCGGAAGCAACGUCCCUCCCGGCAUCCAUAGGCUGCCCGCGGUCCCCGGAGCGCACCGCAUCCCGGCGGCAGGAGCGUCUAGUGGGGCCCACCACUGCCACCCGGACCAUGCGUAUGGUGAAGAGAGUGAGAAGAGUGAGGAAAGCCCCAGUCCAAAACGCCAAAGGCUGUCCAGUCAGUCAGUGUUGGAGCAGCUAACCUCAUCUGCACCCCCGCCAUCCACCCCCUCUCCCCCUAUCCGGCCCUGGGAGUCAGGACCCCCAAGUCGGAGGCAGCCUCACUCCCACACACACUACCACCAGGAGCGAUGUCUGACUCCUGCGCGGCACAGACGCAGCCCGCCAGUAAGGCGUCAGCGCGGCCGCCUCUCCAGACCUGCCCGUCACUUGCCCUCCCAUCACCACCUCUCCACCCAAGGCCCCAUACCUCACCUGCCGCCGUCAGAGCUCCAGGAUGAAAACUACCAACACGUCCCCCAUCAUUCCACCCACCAGACGUACCCAACACACACUCCCAGCGCCUACACCCAGCCCCCCACAGCCGGCGGCACGGGAGCCGGUCCGGAGGAGCCCAGGGCUUUCCACCCGCCCACCCUGUCGCCACGGCUACUGCAUCCAGCUGCUCACCACCACCACCACCAGCAGCAGCAGCAGCAGCAUCAUGCAUCACAACAGCAGCAAGGGGCCAUGGUCAUGGACCUGCAUGAACAGCUGCAGCAAGGUAGUGUACCAGUCUCGUACACGGUGACCCCGGUCCCUCCUCACGGCCUCACAGCGCCGUUGUGCAGCGGUCAGCACCUUCCGCCUACUUGUUCGUCACAACAGCAGGUCCCCGCAUGCAGCAUGGUCUUCAGCGCCGGACACUACCACCCGAUGCUACAGAUGUGUUCAAUGCAACAUCUGCCGGUGCCCUUCAGUUUCCCCUCACUGCUGUCCAGUAACCCCCAGUUCCUGCUUCCUCUCCCGCACCACCUCUCUCACCGACCGACCCAACUCCCGACGCCUGGACAGUUUCUGCCGUUUCAAACACAACAGCCCCGAUCGCCGUUACAGAGGAUCGAAAAUGAGGUGGAGCUUUUAGGGGAGCAGUUGUCAGUGGGUGGAGGUUUCAGCUACACCCACCAUCACCACCACCACCAGCCCCCCUCCACGCUCCCGCCUUCCACGCCCCUCCAGUUCCUUUCACACCAUGACCCUCUGUCACAGGAGCUCUUUACAGUGCCCUAUCCUCACUUUAUGCCUCGUCGAUUCACAAGUCGACGUUACCGCUCUCAGCAGGCCGUUCCUCCAGCACCAUACCACCCCAGCUUCCUGCCUUACUUCCUGUCCAUGCUUCCAGUUCCUCCAAAUGUAGCCCCCACUACCAGUUUAGAGCUGGAUGUGGAUGAUGGAGAGGUGGAGAAUUAUGAGGCCUUGUUAAACCUCGCUGAGCGUCUAGGAGAGGCCAAGCCCCGAGGUCUGACCAAGGCAGAUAUAGAGCAGCUUCCGUCGUACAGGUUCAACCCCAACAACCACCAGUCUGAACAAACACUGUGUGUGAUAUGCAUGUGUGACUUUGAGGCGCGCCAACUCCUACGGGUUCUACCCUGUAAUCACGAAUUUCACACCAAGUGUGUAGACAAAUGGCUCAAGGCUAACCGGACCUGUCCUAUAUGUCGAGCUGAUGCCUCUGAGGUGCAGCGGGACUCUGAGUGACCUCUGACCUCCGCCUCACCACCAAACGACCACAAUCCCCAGCUCCAUCCGAAUCCCCUUUGGAUACACAGACGUGUGAACGUCCACUCACUCUCUUCCUUCACUCACACGUCCUCCCACGUGAUUACUGGGACAGCAUUUUAGGGUGUAGAAGUUGGAGUUUUCCUAAUACACCCAGAGAAAUUUGGCAUUCCAAAGAGCUUCAUUGUUGUUGUUCUGGUCAUAUUCAUCCUGACUCACAUGGAAGAUUCAUUACAAGUUAGCUUGAACAGUCGAUUAUAUUUUCUGAAUGUGUUUUCGUGUGUGUGUGUGUGUGUGUGUGUGUGUGUGUGUGUGUGUGUGUGUGUGUGUGUGUGUGUGUGUGUGUGUGUGUGUGUGUGUGUGUGUGUGUGUGUGUGUGUGUGUGUGUGUGUGUGUGUGUGUGUGUGUGUGUGUGUGUGUGUGUGUGUGUGUGUGUGUGUGUGUGUGUGUGUGUGUGUGUGUGUGUGUGUGUGUUUCCACUCUGCUUCAGAGUAAAGUCACUGGAGGUAACUUCCGAUUCAGAAGUUUGGGUCCAGUUACACCACCCACCAUAUUUUUAUUGCCCCAUUUCAGUACCACGUUCUACAGUUCUCGUGUUAUUUCAUGUUUGCCCACCUGCAUUGUUCUGAAAUGGCUAAAGGGUCAUGGCCUUAAGGUUAAUUAGUAAUUAAGCAGUAUUUUAGUGUAAUGAGGCAUUUAUCUUGAUUUCAACAUAUUCACUAAUGUUUGUCACGACAUAAGGCCUUUGAAAACAGGUUUGUGUCCGUUCUGGUACUAAAACACUUUUCUGUAAGUGUUUACAGAUAUACAUGUAACAUUUUCUCCAUUACUGACAGGGAACAAUGUUUUGAGGCAGAUAAGGUCACAGCUAAGUCUACUCUGUUUCACCAAAUGGUGGCUCUGGCACUUUAAUGUGUAGAUUUAGGACCGUCACACUUUGCAGUGGGUGUAUGUGAUGAAACGCAAACAUUAAACGAACAUGUUUUCCACUUCAACCACUUGUUACCUGUAGAUGCUUUGUAUACUCACACGUCCGUUUCGGUUUCAUGCUUAUUAGAAUAAAUCUCUGUAAAACCUAUGCCUGGAUGUCGCAGCGUAAUCUCUUGAUGUUCACCUCACUCCCAAGCGGCGUCGGAUUCACGCCUGCUGGUCUGAUAUCUGACAUGCAUUUGAUAAAGAUUUAUUUUCUGGGGAAAACUUGUGUCACCACUUUAAAGCAGUGCAUUUGUCUAAAUGCAAACCAAUUGUAUUUGUGUCCAGGAAGAGCAGUCACCUUCUACAGCUACAGUGCAGAUUUAUGGAAUAAAUCAUGGGAACGAAGGGAAAUUAUUUGGCCAUUGUUUCGUUGAUGUUCUACCUGUGAAUGUAUGCAUCUAUUUUUUGUCUUAGGAGUGUUUAUUUGUGUUGGACAGUUUGUUUUUUCUUUUUUGCUUGGUACACUAGCAAUUACCUCAGUCCCACUAUUUAUGUCUUUUCAGGAUAUGGUGCCGCCUGUUUGAUUUGUGCUCACUCGUUCAUGUCGCUAACCUUUUCCAUGCAAGUCGUUGGGUCGUCUAUUUUUUUUUUCCUUUAAAUGCCAUGAAACUAUCACGCAAGAGUGUGGUUUUAUUAUGUAUUAUAUCUGUAACCAAAAUCAUUUGAAGGCCUGUUAUGAUGAUAAUGAAAUUUUUAACAAACAUUUGUACAUUUUGUAUGAGAGUUAUUACUAGUAAUACCUUUAUUAAGUAGUGCAAUGAUUUUUUUUAAUCCUUUACCCCAUCUUUUGGAUUUCAAAAGCUGGUCAAGUAAUAAAUGUAUAACAUCUUCUAA